CGCCCUAGAAGAACAAUAUUUUUGUUAUGAAUUCAAUGCGAAUCAAGUCAUCAGCUGUGUUAACAGCUUACAUUAAGCAUCGUCGAUAUCCAGCUUGAACUGAUUUUAUAUUAUACGGAGAUAUUGUCAACGACCAGUUUGGACUGUCACACUUUAACUGGGAAGUUGAUGACGUAAACUACCACAUUCUCAGGACUGGGUGCUAUCCUUUUGUUAAGUACCAUUGCACUAAAGCACCUCACACAGAUUUAGCAACUGAAAAUUUGUUUUAUGGUGUCCUUAAAGCAGUCAAUUUGGGCAUACCUCUUGUAAUAGUAUGGAUUGGCUGGGAUGAUGUUAGCUAAACACAAAGAAAAUAUUGUCAUCAAAGGAAAUAAUAUUGAGCUAAGGUUCUGGUACAAGGAGACUUGGUGAAACACUUCUAUUCAACCUUGAUUAUUUAUGCUUUAAUUGAUUUUCUAUUUUUUCUAUGAGAUAAUGCAUUUCAUCUUCAGAUUAAUGUCUGGUCAUUCAGUUAGUAAAGGCAGAGAUGGCCGAAAAGUCAUUGUAUUCUCAAAUAAGAUUUAAGUCACAAUGUUUAUAAACUCUUCUGCAACUAAAUCUCAUCAUUUGUGAAAAAUGGGUUAUUUCACCCUUAUCAGAUCUUAUAGAACAAACUGGUUUGACCUUGUCAGAAAUCAAAAUGAUUCAAGCAAAAGCCUCAGGAAAACUUUGUCCUAGGAUUUUUCAAGUCACCCCAUCCAUGAAAGAAGGGUUUGACUGGUCAUUUGGAUGUAGAAACCUUGAUGUACCUUUUGGAUGCCUAUUGAAAGAGGGUAAAGUGUUGGAAAUAUGGGGAGCUUCUGGAAGCGGUAAAACUCAAUUGUCACUUCAAAUGUGUUCUGCAAUUCCCCCAGAAUAUUGCUCUGCUUAUAUCAGUACUGAAGGUAGUAUAUCAACAUCUAGACUCUUUGAUAUCUGUAGUGCAAGGGGUAUGACUAGUGCUAACUGUGAUAUGCUGACAUGCACCACUGUUGAUAGCUUCUCUGAUUGUGUUCUUAGGCAACUCCCCCUUCUUUUGGCUACUAAGCCUGUGAAAUUAAUUGUAAUUGAUUCCAUUGCAGCUCCGUUUAGGGCCGGAGAAAUUGAAGGAGGUGGAGUGAGAAGGGCCCAAAAAAUUCGUUCCAUUGGUCAGCAGCUAAAAUACCUUUCCUCUAAAUACAAAUUACUGGUAGUGAUACUGAAUCAAGCAACUGACCAUCCCAUCAAGGGCACACAACCAGCAUUAGGUAUGACUUGGUCUUACUUGAUUAAUAGUCGUCUUAGAAUAGAGAAGCUGGGAUACGAUAAUAUGAUUGGUGCUCGGAGGGUUAGUGCUGACAAAGGCUCAUGUGUAAAAUCAGGAACUUUUGUCGACUGUACAAUUCAAAAAGAAGGCUUGUUAUAGAACUUGAAUAUUUGGCUGGGUUUUUUUAAUGGGUUGCAGUCUCUCACUGCAGUCUUUUCUUUUCUUGAAAAAAAUUGUCUUUUUUUGCAUAUUAAUUUAUUAACAUUUUAUAAAUAUAAAUCACUAUCACGUACAAAAUAUUUCUUUUCUAUUCGAAUUAUGAAGUAUUUAAACAAUUUAACUUAGUUUUGUGUUUUGAUGGAAUUUACAAUAUUUAAAAUUACUCUUUGUAGUG